AUGUACUAUUAUAACACGUGGGUCGUGUUGAUAUUUGUGGUGCUGAAAGCAAAGGAAGGAUACGCAAAAGAAACACCGAAUGUCAUAGUAAUGUUGAUGGACGAUAUGGGCUGGGGAGACCUUGGUGUGUAUGGAGAGCCAAAUAAGGAGACCCCAAACUUGGAUAGGAUGGCAAGUGAAGGAAUGCUGUUUACUGACUUCUACUCUGCCAACCCUUUGUGUUCUCCUUCCCGUGCAGCAAUGAUGACAGGAAGACUACCCAUCAGAAAUGGUUUCUAUUCCACUAACGCCCAUGCUAGAAAUGCCUACACACCCCAGAACAUUGUGGGAGGUAUCCCUGACUCUGAAAUCCUCCUUCCAGAACUUCUUAAGCAGACAGGUUAUAGAAAUAAAAUUGUUGGUAAAUGGCACCUCGGCCAGCAGCCACAGUACCAUCCCCUCAAACAUGGCUUUGAUGAGUGGUUUGGCUCCCCUAACUGUCACUUUGGGCCGUACAAUGACAUAGGCACCCCAAAUAUACCAGUAUAUCGUGAUGCACUCAUGGCAGGACGGUACUAUGAAGAUUUUAAAAUUGACCAUGGAUUAUCUAACCUUACCAUGCUAUAUUUAGAUGAAGCUGUGCAGUUCAUUGAACAACAGUACUCAAAGAAGCAGCCAUUUUACCUGUAUUGGGCUCCAGAUGCCACACAUGGGCCUCUUUAUGUGUCAGAGAAAUUUUACAAUACUAGCAGGCGUGGAUUGUAUGGAGAUGCUGUCCGAGAACUGGACUAUGCGGUUGGAGAAAUUUUAAAAACUCUUGUGAAAAUUGGUCUUGAUAAAAACACUUUUGUAUUUUUUACAUCCGACAAUGGAGCAGCAACGUACGCAAAAACUGCAGGUGGUAGUAACGGUCCACUUCUUUGUGGUAAAGAGACGACGUUUGAGGGUGGUAUGAGAGAGCCAGCUAUUGCAUGGUGGCCAGGAAAGAUUUCACCAGGCCAGAUUUCUCACCAGGUGGGAUCACUGAUGGACCUUUUUACUACUGUUCUUGAUCUAGUGAAUAUAAAGCCUCCUUCUGACAGAUCUAUUGAUGGCAUCAGCCUUAAAGAUACACUAUUCCAAAACACAGAAGUCCAAAGACCACUUUUCUAUUAUCGUGGGAACACACUGAUGGCAGUUCGCUUGGGUCACUAUAAGGCGCAUCUCUGGACAUGGACAAACUCAUUACAGGAGUUUAACAGAGGUACAGAUUUCUGUCCUGGGGAGGAGAUAAAGAAUGUGACAACACAUGAUCAGGUUGAACAUGAUCCGCCAUUACUGUUUCAUAUAACCAGGGACCCAGGAGAAAAAUACUUCAUCAAAUUUAACACUGAGGAAUACCGCAGAGCGAUACUAGAUAUCCAGUCUGCUGUAGCUACUCACAUGAAGAACCUGGUACCAGGCACACCCCAGCUUAACAUGUGUGACAGUGCUGUUAUGAACUGGGCGCCCCCUGGAUGUGACAAGGGAGGUAACAAAUGCUACACCCCACCUGUCUCCAAACCCUACAAAUGUACCUGGGUUCACUAAUGAUGAAAGGAUAAUGCUGUGAUGCUGAACAAGUAACUAAUACAGAUCCUGGAACAAACUUCUAGUGGAGCAGAAUCUCACCAGGACUUCAUCAAAGCAAAAUCUCUAAAUAUUUACUCAAGAUGGGAUACAAUAGAAGACAGUUGUAUUAUUUUGGUGGAGUUGAA